AUGUUCGAGUCCCGCUGGGCGUUCGCAGCCUCCCUCAGCACGUUGCUUAACUUCGAGCUGUACACGCAACCCACCGCACCCAACGUGAGCGACUGGCGUGGGCUUCAGGGCAGUUUUGCAAGGCAAAGCAGCGGUCUGAGGACUCGGAGCUCCGACUGCCCUCCUCUUGCAUCGUGCACCUGUGACUCCGUUUUCUCACAGCUGAACUGUUGCAACAACGAGUUGUUCUGUGACUUUCACCAAAUGUGCUUGGAUGCUCAAACGACGUGCACAGGGCUACAAUUGCAAUGCUUGGAUACGGAGGCCCGUUGUUAUGAGCCGCUACCACCGUCGCCGCCGCCGUCGCCGCCACCGUCAUUGCCGGGCUUCCUCUCCGAUCCCAUUUUCUAUGUCAGUGUCGGCCUUUCUAUCCUUACUGUGACUGUCCUGCGGGGCUGCUUGAAAUAUGCGUGUCGCGGGGGUGGAGGAGACCCCGCCAAUAAUGCGAACCAGCCUAGCCGAGAAGCUUGGGACAUCGGGAAGGAGAUGCUGACAGAAGCGGAUGCUGCACAUAAGAAAUAUCGCUCUGAGCGGGAUACGAUGCGGAGAACAGUCCUCGACAUGAGUGGUCGUCACAUUGCCGAAAGUGGUGUGGCACCGCUGUUGGGGGAACACCUGCGAGCUGACGAGGAAAUUUGGAAAAUUCAAGAUCAGAUACAGCGCAGGUGGGACUCAGAUGCUCCAUUCAGCGCCGAUGAUUUGCGGUUGCUGACGGAUUUGCUGCGGCGCUUGACAAACCAGAUCGAGUCUGCGCGCGCGACAGUUCGUUCCGUGAGUCUCAUGUUGAAGAACUUCAAGCCUCGGCCUCCGGCCUCGGAGUCCCAACAGCGGAACCAUUACGAGGUCUUGGGCCUGAAGCCGGGAUGCCCCCAAGACGACAUCCGCAAGGCUUACCUGUUCCUGUCCAAGGAGUGCCAUCCAGACAAGAAGGGGAAGUCCGAGUCUGUGCAGCGCGCAGCCACCCUAUGGUUCCAGACAGUGGUGGAGGCUCAUGAAUGCCUCUCGGACCCCAAAAAGCGCAAGGCUUACGACGAUGCGAUGGGAUUCCCUCCGCCAGGAUCCACCACAUCCUCAGGCUCAGGCGGUGCCUCAAGCAGCGCCCCAGAGACCACAGGCGCCAGCACCCACCCCGUCGCCGCAAGGUUCCGGGCGGGCCAGCGCGUCCGCAUCCAAGGCCUGUCCUCCGCCCCUCAGUACAACGGCCGCGAGGGGGAGGUUGGGGAAGUGACGGGGUCGGACCGGCUCCAAGUGGCGCUCCUCUACCAGGGCCAGCUGAAGCAUUUAAGUUUACAGCCGCAUAAUCUGCAGAUGCUCUGA